UGAAAUUUAAAAAUACUUAGUGAUAAUUAAUUUAAACUUUAACUGCAUACUUCUAAGCUACAAGAAGAAUUACUCGAAAAAAAUUCUUCAAAUUCUAUAAGAAAUUAUUGAUGAAUUACAACAUUUAUGCGGGAGCAUUUUCCUCAUUAGUCAAACUAUCGGAUUUAUAAGAUGAACCAGCUGUGCAAAGUGUGUGGUGAACCGGCGGCUGGGUUUCAUUUUGGCGCAUUCACAUGCGAGGGCUGUAAGUCCUUUUUCGGCCGCACAUACAACAAUAUAGCUGCCAUUGCGGGCUGCAAACAUAACGGUGAAUGUGUGAUCAACAAGAAGAAUCGCACCGCCUGCAAAGCUUGCCGUCUGCGCAAGUGUCUGCUGGUCGGUAUGUCAAAGAGCGGCUCCCGUUAUGGCCGCCGUUCUAAUUGGUUUAAAAUACAUUGUUUAUUACAAGAACAACAAAGCGUGCCGGGAAAUGGACCCGGCGGUGGCGGUGGUCCUGGCGGCGGCAUAAAUGAGCAAAAUACAAAUCGAGCGAGCCUGGAACAACUAGCGCGCCUUCACCAACUGCAAGCACGUCAAACAUACCAAGAUAAGACGAACCCCUGCAUUAAAUCGGCGAGUAUGUCGCCUACAGCUUUGGCGCUCAGUGCUGCAGCCGCGGCAGCUGUUGCGGCGAAUAGUAAUCGGUGCUCGCCUCAAACACCCGCGCAACAUAAUCUCUUAAGCACCGCGGCGAAAUUUCUAAAUGGCGUCGCCGAUGGCGGGCGCCAACACCACAUGCCACAUCAGCAGCAACAACAACAGCAUUUGCAGCAGCAGCAACAUCAACAACAACUGCUUGCAACGCACCAGCAACUACAACAUGGCGCACAGUAUCAACAACAUGCACAACAACUCUUACCCGCAUUCGGUGUUUACGGCAGCAAAGCGGAAACGCGUCUCAGCGAGACGCCUAGCGAUUCUGGCGCCUCAUCCGCUGGGGAUGCCGCCGAUGAUGCGCAUAGUAGCAUUUCUGGGCGACAGGAGCGUAACUGUAAUUCCGCGCAACAUCUGGCCUCUGCAGCAUUUGAUGAUCUGCAAGAGGCUGAAGCGCGUGAGCGACGGCACCAGCAGCUUCUGCAAAUCUAUCGCUCACACUCGGAACCUUUGCACAGUCCGUUCGCGCACUUCGCUCUACCGUCACAUAUCUCAUCGCUUGGCGUGCCGCCAACAACUUUACUCUCCGCUGGCAAUCCAACUUCUCAUCAUCUUAUGCCCGCGGCACUGAAGGAAGGAAUUAAACGAGUUAGCGAAGCUGCAGCUGCAGUAGCAGCGGCAGCAAUAGCUUCAGUUGGGAAUACGUCUGAUAGCGAAACGCAAGAGGAACCCAUAGACUUAUCAGUAAAGGGGCGCGAAGUGGUUCAACGUCUAGCGGCGGCGACGGCGUCGGCGGAGGUAGCGUGCAAUGAUCAGCGCACAGUGCAUGUAGGAAGCAAUUCGCAUACGCCCACAACACCGCCACCCUCGACAGCGUCACCUGCACCAAUGUUCGCUAAGGCGCUGUCGCACGCUGUGAUACAUUAGCCAACGCAAUUAGACUUGUCUUCAAUGCACUCAGAAACGCUUGCAGCGACUAAUUAA